UGAAAAGUGAAAUCUACUCGGUUUGGUAAGCUGGGAGUGAAAAUAGUGAAAAUUCAUCCCUUUGAUGUCAUUUGCUUAAUUUCUCAAGCAAAUACUUCAGCCCAGAUCUCUCUGCCUCCAACCCUCAACUUUAUAUCCUGAUAUUUUUGUGGCAUGUAGCCCAGGUAUGAAUAAUCCAUCUGACUCAUGACUCUAUCUUACAUUUUUAUACUAUUACACCAAGAUGGGUGGGGACUGACAUAUGUAUAAUAACUAUGAGUUAGGGAGACUCCUGGUGUCCUGAUAAGAUAUUGCAUAAGAGCCAUGGGCUUGUAAUCAGGAGCCUGGGGACACCAGGCAGCCAAAUGGCCGUCAUGUGUUGGGAGUGACUCUCACUGUGUUGGGAGUGACUGGGCAGCAGAGGUGGCUGGACAGCGUAGCAAAAAACAGGAGUGAGUAGCUGAGGGUCAGAACUGGACAGUUGCAUGUGAACAUAUGAGGCAAGUGAAUACAUGUAAAUAUGAGGGUAACUAGUGGGCAGUGGGGUCGGGUGUUAGACAACUAUAAUAUCAGUAAAGGCGGUCCUUUCCUGCCUCCUUCCCCUCACUCACGUGAGACUGCGUGUACAGGAGGAAAUGGUGACAGACCAGAAGUGGCAGUACUCUGUCAUUUACACAUCUCUUUCAUCAUUCCUGAGUCAUUUCUGUUAAGUCCAUAACUUUCUUCCAUGAAGAUGCAGACAGAAGAUGUGGAAAUUGAUGCUCUUGAGAUGUUUUGCUUUUCAACUUGUUAAUUGAGCAGAAUUGGAAAACGGGGAUGGUAAAUAUGCUGACAAGUUCACCACUGGCUUGGACCAGGCCAAGGUGGGCUGCUACACACAGAGAAGAGAGCACCUUCAGUGCCUGUGUCAUUCAGAAUCUUCCCUUUCCACUCUAAGCAAUACUAAAUAAACGGAAAUGUUAUGCAGUUAUAUGAAGUAGUGUGCUUACCUGGCCAUUUAUACAUAUGAAGUUUAGAUUUGAAGAAACAGGAUAUAUAAUAAACUAUGUACUUUUUCCAGGAAAUAAAGGGUAGAAUGUUGCUUUAAAACAAGGCCAAUCAAGUGGUAAACAUUGCUAUAAUGACCAGUAAAGUGGAAGGCGUUGGCAUCGAGCAGGCUUCUUCCACAGGACAUGUGGUCAUUUGGAAUAGAUAACUUUAAGGAUUGUGCUAUUGUGCUGUUCUUGGUGGCUUAUGUGCAUUGAUACUGAGAGGUUAUUGGAGGUGUGUAUGAAGUUUGCUAUUGCAGUCCCUUGCAUGGUAGAGGAGGAUCCAAUGUUUCAACAUUAUGACAGGUUGUCAUCCACAAAGUUCAUGUUUGAAAACCAUGCCAUUCACUUACAAAAGAAACCACACACACACACACACACACUCACAUACACAGACUCACACACACAUAUACACACUCAUGAAGUUUUAGAUAAAUUUAUAACUUCAGGUUGGACUAUUUUUAUAAUCGUCCUUGUCUGAGUGCAGCCAGGAAGCCGUGGGUUAGAUAAGCCUGCAAGAUAUAAAUAAAACAUUUUUCUGUCUGCUUUCUUGAGAUUUAAAGUGGAACAGAAUACAUGGAAAUAUCAUACAGGCUGGAGUGAUGGCUCAGUGAAUAAGGAGAGCACUUGUGUGGUGAGAACAUCAGAGACCUCGGUGACCUACAGCCUCACGUGGGCGGCGGGACGCCCUUCACUGUGUCUCCGGCAGUUUGGCUACUCAGAAUGGCAGAGACACUCAACCUUCCAGAAGCCACAGAUGACUGGACAAAAGAGGAUGUAAACCUAUGGCUAGAAAGACACAGGAUUGACCAAAAGCACAGGGAUAUCUUGAUGGAACAAGACGUUAGUGGACCAGUCUUGAAGUGGUUAAAUAAAAAACAUCUUGUUGAAAUGGGCAUAACACAUGGGCCAGCUAUCCAAAUAGAAGAGUUAUUCAAAGAAUUGCAGAAAACAUCCUCAAGACAUUUUACUCAGACACCUAAGAAGACAAAACACAGUAAAAAUAUUUCUAAAACUCAGACAGAAAGUAGAGAGACUUCAAAGCAAAACCAAAGAGCUGAAGAGAACUCACAUAAGGCUGAUUCCUCUGCAGUGAGUCCAGAAGGGAACUCACAUAAAGCUGAUGCUUCUACGGCAAGUCCACAGGCUAAAGCUUCUAAAUCAGAAAAGAAUGAGCUGGUGGAAUAUAAAACAGUCCAACAGGAUAAGCAAUCAUCUCCAGGACCAACAUGCAUUGCAUAUCCUUUCAAUGAAUUCAGUAAUCCAUACCGUUACAAAUUACAUUUCAUCCUACAGCCUGAAACAGGACCACUCAAUCUCAUUGACCCAAUACAUGAAUUCAAAGCCUUCACAAACACAGAGACAGCCACAGAAGAGGACAUAAAGAUGAAAUUUAGCAAUGAAGUCUUCCGAUUUGCUUCAGCUUGUAUGAACUCACGUACUAAUGGCACCAUUCAUUUUGGAGUCAAAGACAAACCCCAAGGAGAGAUUGUUGGCGUGGAGCUCACCACUGUCAGUAAGGACGCCCUCAUUGACCACUUCAAUCUGACUAUAGCCCAGUAUUUUGAGGUCCAUCAAGUUCAACAAGCAAAGAAGUGCAUCCGAGAGCCAAGAUUUGUGGAAGUUUUACUGCCAAAUAGUACUCCAUCUAACAAAUUUGUUAUUGAAGUGGAUAUCAUUCCACAAUACUCAGAAUGCAAAGAAGACUACUUCCAAAUCAAAAUGCAAUGUUUAAAGAAUCAAGCAUGGCAACAAGUUCCAAACUACUCAGUCUUUGUAAGAGAUGGACCCAAAAGUAAGGACAUCAUAAGGAAUAAAGCUGAUUUCAAAACUUUUAAAUUAGACUUAAAACAAUUGUCAGAAUUUAGGAAAGAAGCAGAAAAAAAAUCUAAAGUAAAACUAAAUGGAAACAACAGAGAGGGGCAAAAGCUAAUUGAGCUGUUGACAGGAAAUAGGGAUCUGUUAGAUAACUCAUACUAUGAAUGGUACAUUCUUGUAACAAAUAAAUGUCAUCCACAUCAGACCAAACAUGUAGAUUUCCUGAAGGAAAUUAAAUGGUUUGCUGUAUUAGAGUUUGAUCCUGAGUCUGAGAGCAAUGGUGUGGUCAAGGCAUUCAAAGGAAGCCGAGUAGCAAACCUCCACUUUCCAAGCCUAUUUAUAGAAGAAAAAACCACAGUAAGUGAGAAGAUUUCCAGUCUGAACCUUUACCAGCAACCCAGCUGGAUUUUCUGCAAUGGCAGGUUAGACCUAGAAAGUGACAAAUACAAACCCUUAGAUUCAAUAUCCUGGCAAAGAGAGAGAGCUUCUGAAGUCAGAAGACUGAUUUCAUUUCUUACACGUGAUGACAUAAUGCCACGAGGGAAGUUUUUGGUAGUAUUUUUAUUACUGUCCUCUGUGGAUGACCCAAGAGACCCCCUUAUUGAGACUUUCUGUGCUUUCUAUCAAGAUCUCAAAGGAAUGGAAAAUAUCCUGUGUAUUUGUGUAAACCCAAAGAUAUAUCAGGUAUGGAAAGACCUUCUUGAAGCAAGAUUAUCAAGACAGCAAAAUGAAUUAUCAAGCCAAAGCAUUUCUACUUUAAAUCUUGCAGAGAUAAAUGGCACCAUUCUUAAAUUAAAAUCUUUAACUCAGUCUUCAAAGCGAUUCUUGCCAUCUGUUGGCUCAUCUACUGUCCUUCUGAAAAAGGAAGAAGAAAUUAUGACUGCCUUGGAAAUUCUCUGUGAAAAUGAAUGUGAAGGUACACUCUUGGAGAAAGAUAAAGAGAAAAUGCUUGAAUUCAAGACAUCCAAAGAAGAAGACUUCUACAGGGGUGGCAAAGUGUCCUGGUGGAACUUCUACUUUUCUUCUGAAAACUAUUCUUCAUCAUUUGUCAAAAGGGAUAAAUAUGUGAAGCUUGAAAAAAAGAUUCAAGAAUGGGCAGAUUCUUCUCAGCCAGUAUGUGCAAAAAUUAUUCACCUGUACCACCAUCCGGGCUGUGGAGGAACUACUUUGGCCAUGCAUAUUCUCUGGGAACUAAGGAAGAAAUUCAGAUGUGCUGUGUUGAAAAAUAAGACAGAGGACUUUUCAGAAAUUGGAGAACAGGUAACAAAUUUAAUCACUUACGGAGCAACAAGCCAUCAGGAGUAUUUACCUGUGCUGCUCCUUGUUGAUGAUUUUGAAGAACAAGACAACGUCUACCUUCUUCAGGCCUCCAUCCAAACCGCUGUCGCUAACAAACACAUUCGAUAUGAGAAGCCUCUAGUGAUCAUUCUAAAUUGUACAAGGUCACAAAAUCCUGAGAAAAGUGCAAAGAUGCCAGACAGUGUUGCCCUAGUCCAGCAACUCUCUCCCAAAGAACAGAGAGCAUUUGAGUUGAAGCUGACAGAAAUCAAAGAACAACAUAAAAACUUUGAAGAUUUUUAUUCUUUUAUGAUCAUGAAAACCAACUUUAACAAAGAGUACAUAGAAAAUGUGGUCAGGAACAUUCUGAAAGGGCAAAAUGUUACCACCAAGGAAGCAAAGCUGUUUGCUUUCCUGGCUCUCCUUAAUGCUUUUGUACCUGACACUACCAUUUCCCUUUCACAGUGUGAGCAUUUCCUAGGAAUCUCAAACAAGAAGGCUUUCUGGGGGACAGAAAAGUUCGAAGACAAGAUGGGUACCUACUCCACAAUUCUAAUUAAAUCCGAGGUGAUCGAAUGCGGGAGUUACUAUGGAGUGCGCAUCAUUCACCAUUUGAUUGCCACUCUCUCGCUGGAAGAAUUGAAGAGAAGCUACAACUUGAACAAAAGUAAAAUUGUGAUGGAUAUGUUAACAGAAAAUCUAUUCUAUGAUACUGGUAUAGGAAAAAGCAAAUUUUUCCAAGAUGUGCAAACACUGCUGCUCACAAGACAGCGCAAUGAACAUGAAGGUGAGACAGGAAACUGGUUUUCUCCAUUCAUUGAAGCUUUACAUAAAGACGAAGGAAAUGAUGCAGUUAAAGCUGUAUUAUGUGAAGCUACCCGUAGGUUCAACCCCAAUGCAUUCAUCUGCCAAGCUUUAGCGAGACAUUUCUACCUUAAAGAGAAGGACUUUGAAAAUGCUCUACGUUGGGCAAAACAAGCAAGAAUAAUAGAGCCUAAUAAUUCUUACAUCUCAGAUACACUAGGUCAAGUCUACAAAAGUAAAAUAAGAUGGUGGAUAGAUGAUAAUAUAAAAAAUGGGAUUAUCUCGGUGAAUGAGCUAACUGAGCUUUUAGAUUUAGCGGAGCACGCAUCAAUUGCUUUCAAAGAAUCUCAACAGCAAACCGAAGACCGAGAAUAUGAAGGGAAGGAAAGGUUGUAUCAGAAGUCAAAAAGGAGGUACGAUACUUACAACAUAGCUGGUUAUCAAGGGGAGAUAGAAGUUGGCCUCUACACCAUCCAGAUGCUCCAACUCAUUCCUUUUUUUAACAACAAAAAUGAACUAUCUAAACGAGAUAUGGUCAACUUUAUAUCAGGAAAUGGUGAUAUCCCGGGAGAUCAAAAUGAGUUUAAGUCUGCACUCAAGAAUUUUAUUCCUUAUCUAACUAACCUGCAGUCUUCUUUGAAAAAAUCCUUUGAUUUUUUUGAUGAUUACUUUGUCCUUCUUAAACCCAGAAACAAUAUAAAGCAAUAUGAAGAGACGAAAAAUCGGAGAAAGGUGGCUGGAUACUUUAAGAAGUAUGUAGAAAUAUUUGGCCCCAUGGAAGAAUUAGAAAAUCAAAAUUUUAGAUCAAAGCUCAGUUUACCUCUACAAGUAGAAAGGACUCGGAGAAGCCUAGAAGCUUUAAAAGCAGACAAGUUUUCUGGACUCUUAGAAUAUCUUAUCAAAAGUCCAAAAGAUGCUGUGAGCUCCAUGGAAGAUAUUGUGAACAAAUACACUUUCCUUCUUGAGCAAUGUGUUAUCAAAACCCAACAAAAGGAAAAACAAAACUUUAUCUUGGCCAGCAUCAUUCUCUCUUGUAUUAACCCUACCUCCAAGUUAGUGAAGCCAAUUAAAAAGCUGAAAGAACAGCUUCGAGAGAUUCUGCAACCAAUAGGACUGACUUACCAAUUUCUAGAACCUUACUUUCUAGCCUCUCUUUUAUUCUGGCCAGAAAACCAACAACUAGAUCAAGAUUCUAAACAAAUGGAAAAGUAUGCCCUAGCACUGGAGAACGCUUUCAGGGGGCGAUAUAAACGCAUGUAUCGCACAAAGCAACCAAUUGCAUAUUUCUUUCUUGGGAAAGGUAACAAUAGGAACAGACUCAUCCACAAAGGAAAAAUUGAUGAAAAUUUUGAAAAGGGAUCAGAUAUUAAUUCCUUGUGGCAUACUGGAAAAGUAUGGGAAGAGGAAAAGGUCCAGGACCUUUUGGUUCGUUUACCAGGACGAGCUGAAAACAACUCUUUAUACAUAGAGUAUGGGAUCAAUGAAAAAAUCACAAUACCAAUUACACCCACUCAUUUAGGUCAACUUAGAAGUGGGCGGAGCAUAGAAAAGGUGUCUUUCUAUCUUGGAUUUUCCAUUGGAGGCCUUCUUGCUUAUGACAUUAAAAUUGUUUAAGAUCUUGAGUUUUGCAAGAGAUAUGGUUUUGGUAUCACCUUUUUUCCCCCUUUAAUUUACUUAUAGAUACAACUCUUAAUAAUUUUGUGUAGUGGGGGAAGGGAGAGUAGUAGAAGAAAAACAAGGCUGAGCCUCACAUGGCUAUUUCUGUGCAAUGGAUACAUAGAGUUCUUCUUACUCUUCCCUCUGUGUUGUCAAGAAAUUAUUCUAAAACAUCUGCCAAAUAAAAUCAAACCAAAAUAUGCAA